CAGCAGUUACACCUUCCUCAUCACACAAAAACAAACCAGCUUUCAAGUUUCAAGUUUAACCUAUACAAAAAUGGCGCAAGUACAGACACCCCACAUCGCUAUGCACCCGAGUCCGGGAAUGGGCCACCUCAUCCCUCUCACCGAGCUCGCCAAGCAGCUCGUCCACCGCCACAACUUCACCGUCACGUUCAUAGUCCCCUGCGACGGUCCUCCCACCAAAGCACAGAAGUCCGUCCUCGACGCUCUCCCUCCCUCCAUCGACCACGUCUUCCUCCCGCCGGUCAGCUUCGACGACCUACCCACCGGGACUCAAAUGGAGACCGUUAUUUCCCUCACCGUCUCUCGGUCUCUCCCGUACUUGAGGGACACAGUCAAGUCUUUGAUAGGCCGUGAGGGGACGAAGCUGGUAGGGUUGGUGGUGGAUCUUUUCGGCACCGACGCUUUUGAGGUGGCCAGAGAGUUUAAUAUUUCCUCUUAUAUUUUCUAUUGCUCCACCGCCAUGGCGUUGUCGUUGUUUUUGUACUUGCCGAAGCUGGACGAAGCGGUGUCGUGCGAGUAUUGGGAGCUGGAGGAGCCGGUGAAGAUUCCGGGGUGUGUGCCGAUUCCCGGCAAGGAGCUGCUGGACCCGGUUCAGAACCGUAAAGACGAGGCCUACAAAUGGGUGCUUCACCAUGCCAAGCGUUACAGACUAGCGGAGGGCAUAUUGGUAAAUAGCUUCAUGGAGUUGGAGCCUGGGGCUCUCAAGGCUUUGCAGGAGAAAGAACCGGGGAAGCCGCCGGUUUAUCCGGUCGGGCCGUUGGUGAAGUUGGACUCGAAGGCUGUUGCCGACGAGAGCAAGUGUUUGAAGUGGUUGGAUGAGCAGCCACGUGGGUCGGUCCUGUAUGUUUCCUUCGGGAGUGGUGGGACCCUGUCUUAUAAACAGGUCACUGAGUUGGCUUUGGGGUUGGAAAUGAGUGAGCAAAGGUUUCUGUGGGUGGUGAGGAGCCCUAGUGACGAAGCUGCCAAUGCCACUUAUUUCAGUGUACAUGGUAAAGGUGAUCCUCUGGCCUUUUUGCCCAAAGGGUUUUUGGAGAGGACUAAAGGGAGGGGACUCGUGGUGCCAAACUGGGCACCACAAGCCCAUAUACUGGGCCAUGAAUCAACCGGUGGGUUCCUCACUCAUUGCGGAUGGAAUUCAGCCUUGGAGAGCAUUGCAAAUGGUGUCCCCUUCGUGGCAUGGCCCUUGUACGCGGAGCAGAAAAUGAACGCCUUUAUGUUCAUCCACGAGAUAAAAGUGGCACUGAGGCCACGAGCGGACGAGAAUGGCUUUGUGGAGAGGGAGGAAGUCGCCGUGGUGGUUAAGGGUCUGAUGGAAGGGGAGGAAGGUAAGCGACUUAGAAACCGAAUGAAAGACCUAAAAGAUGCCGCAAGGAAGUCUCUGAGCGAUGAAGGGGCUUCAACAAAGGCAUUGUCCGAUGUGGUCACAAAGUGGAAAGCCCUAGUCUGUAACUAAAAUUAAGUCUUCAUCCCUCCAUUAUUAGCUACUUUUUUUCUCUUUCCUUUUUGCAUUUGUUUGUAAUAUGGUCUAAAAGCUACAUGCUAGUAUAAUACUUUGUUGGGUUGACUGUAAGAUAUGGUGCAUAGACAAGAGCCACUUUGUAUAUCUUUCUGGGUUUUCUUUUUUGUGUGUAAUAUAUCGAGGUUGGUGAGAUGGGUGCAGCCACAAUAUUGGUAUAGCUACACAGAGCAUCAUAUUUAGUGACUAAUGAGCCAAAGAGAG